AUGUCAUCCAGACUGUCAGAUAACUCAAUCAUCGCACGCAAAAGUACCAGGGAAGAAGGCUAUGGUGAGCGCACAGAUUCUGAUGAAUAUGAAGAGAGAGAAGCUGUCCGGAAAGUGGACCUUCACAUUCUGCCGAUGGUGUUUCUCUACUAUCUAUUCAGUUUCCUCGACAGAUCCAAUAUCGGGAACGGUCGACUGUACGGACUAGAGAAAGACCUUGGCAUGCGAGGGAAUCAAUUCCAGACCGCAUCCUCACUCUUCUUUGUCACCUAUGUUGCGAGCGAAAUUCCUUCAACUAUUUGGCUCCGAACACUUCGUCCAGCGCGUUUCAUCAAUGCCAUUGCAGUCGCGUGGGGUAUAAUUGCAACACUGACCGGCUUGACCCAGAAUUAUGGAGGUUUCAUUGUUUGUCGGCUACUACUUGGGGCAGCUGAGGGUCCAUUGUUCCCGUGUCUAGUUGUGUAUAUGAUUUCGUUCUACACAAGACAAGAACUAGCGGUUCGCUUUGGGUAUCUAAUCAGUGGAGCUGCCAUGGCUGGAGCAGUUGGAGGGUUGAUUGCAUACGGCGUCGGCUACAUGGACAAAUUACAUGAAAUGCGCGCGUGGAGAUGGCUACUUAUCCUAGAGGGACUACCGUCAAUUUGCCUCGGUGUCUUUGGCUGGUUCUUCCUGGCAGAUGGCCCGGAGUCAGCUUGGUAUCUUACUCCAGCACAGCGUGGCAUCGUCGUCCGCCGGCGUGUACGCGAUCAACGAGAAGCCUCCACUGCAUCUGCGCAAUCGCUCAACAAGGCCGAUAUCAUUGCUGCGUUCAAGGAUUGGAAAGUAUGGGCAUUCUGCGUAGAAAACUUCGGCGGCGACAUUCAGCUUUUUUCCUACAGCAUCUUUCUUCCUACCAUAAUCCAAUCGAUCAAUCCGGACUGGUCGACUUUGGUUGUACAGGCACUGACUGUACCUUGUUUUGUGUGGUGCACAGUUGUUUACUUCGCAGCCGCUUUCGUCUCUGAUAGAAUACAACAUCGGGCUUCAUUCAUUCUCUUCGGUUUUACUAUGUCAAUCAUCGGUCACAUUAUGCUUAUAGCAGGAAAAAGCGUGGCAGUCCUGUAUCUUGCCUGCUAUGUGAUCGCAACUGGUUUGUUCAUCCUUGGUAUCGCUCUGGCGUGGUUGCCAUCAAAUCUGCCUCGCUAUGGAAAGCGAUCAGCCGGGGUAGCAAUGCAGAUAGCGCUUGGAAACUCAGCAGGUAUUCCUGCACCAUAUGUAAGGAUAUUUCAAUUAUGUAUCAUCUACGAAUGCGCUUACAAAUAUAGCUAUAUUCUAGCUCCGAUGGGCCACGCUUCAUACUGGGACAUGCUGUCACUAUUGCACUCCUUGGGAUGA